AAUAAUCUUAAAAAAAUGUUAAGAUCUAUUAGACCUAUAUAAGAGUGUGUAGAAUGCAUAGUUCUGUGUAAAUGACCAGCCAUAUAUCGCCUCCUCGGUUAAGAAAUGAAACCCCUCUCUAACAGAGCCCUUCUAAGGUACUGCUAAAGCACCAGAGAGGCCCAUGUGCCCCUUCCCAACAUAUCCCCUUCCUCCCUCCACAGAAGUAACCACUAGCUCAUUUUUGUUGUAAUCAUUCUUAUGCUUCUCUAUAGCCUUACUCCCUAAAUCUCCCUAAGCAACACAUUUUAGUUUUGGAAAAGCAAGAACAAACACCAACCCAGCUGUGUAAGGCAAGGGCAAUAUUAUCACCAUCAGGUGAAUGGCCCCAGGAGAAGAUAAGCUGAACAGAGGCUCAGAGUCUUCCACUGGCUUCGGUUUCCCUGGGGGUUUACUAGAGGGGUGGCCCUGAAUGAGUCCUUGGGCAGCCCAGGUAUCCCCUGGUGGGAAACCUAGUGUGGGAACAAGUCCUGGGCAUCCCCCAGAAAGAGAGUCCAUGGACGUGGGCUGCUAUGCAUUUUCUUCGUCUGCAGCCGCCCUCCAGCUAUCAGCAGCGGGUCAAAGCGCAGCACUUGAGCGGCAAUGUGGCACACCUGGACCCCUCAGCUAGCGCAACGUGUGGUACGAAGAAUGGAAACGUCAUCAGCACAGGGCAAGCUAAGUACAGGUGUCGAACAGGGACCAAAGGAUCUGCUCUGGGAAUGAAGAGCCGACAACUCCCGGGAAGUCAGAGAAUUCAGCCGGAAACUGUGGCCACGAGGACUGUCCCCUCGCAUCUAGAAUGCAACCCCCAUGUGUGGCAAGAGCUGACUCGGACUGCCUUGAACCAGCCACUUGCUUGGAAGAUGCCACUCGCAAACCCAGUCACUGGAUGACUGGAGAGUGCCACAGAGCACAAGGGAAGAAAAGGAUGGAUUACGGGCUGCCUCCCAAAAGGGCAGAAUGUGGGUAUAGCCUGAGACAGACAAAAUGCACACUAACCAGAAAGGAGCUGUGCUUCUUUCCCCAACCCAGGAAACCUGAGGCAGGCAGAACCGCUGGAGGGGAUAAAUGUGGCUCUGGGCCACUUCUGAGGACAACUUACCCCACCCAGGUAUGGCCCAAUGGCUGACAGACUGUCCCUAAUACAACCAGAAAAAUUCCCCUUGUCCAAAUGAAGGACGGAGCAACGAAAGCAGAGUGCCCCUUCAAACACACCCUGAGCUGGCAAGAGAAGAGAAAUCCCCCUUUAUAGGAAUUUGAGGAGUGAGGGAUAUGUGUUCCCCACUAAUGAGAUCAUCUUCAGCAUCUUCUCUCCACUGGUUCUUCUCUGACUUCCGGAGAGUGGGCCCUGUGAGCUGUAGAGCCCUGGUACGGUCUCAGGGCUAUUGAGAGGGUCUGAGAAUAUACACAGAUAUUCUCAUUUUCCACAGGUAUAUAUAAAGAGGUGCCUUUCCAUGUAUCUUUUACUGCAUCUGUUUUUUUCUAAUAUUUCAAUAAAGGUGAACAAUUGGUUUA